AUGCAGCAGCAACAUUCAUCGACUUCGAAAAAGCGCAAUGUCGCAGAAUCGACCGGUUGUGGUGAAAUCGCCAACUAUCUUACGCAGGCACUCAAUGUUGAACUUUCUGGCAAAGUUUACAGAAAUGUCGGCAACUUUUGGGAAACGCAGUUCGAAAAUAAAGCGUGGUCUGAUCUAACCUCGCGUAUCUGGCAAAGUUAUUGUGAUCACGGUCAAUGUGGAAGCGAUAACGUCUUCUCGGAUAACAUGGACGAAGUAGCGAUGCAAAGAUGGCUUUACGCUUUCCAAGAUCGGUUCUUGAAACAAUUGAUGAGCAUAGCCGAAAAACCAAAAAGCGACAAACCCGUCGUCAAGAAGGAACCUAAAGAUCCCAAGGUGCGAGGGAAAUUUUGUCACACGACAAAAACCAAUCACUUCAAGGGUGUUAUAAGUGAACAAAAGCUGGACUUUUUCAUCAAAUCUGCCACCAUUCUAGAUUGUCAACAGCACAAUUGGAGAGAUGUCCGAGUGGUGGGCGAGUUGACCGCGUCACCCGGUCAGAAAGCUGAUAAGAUUCACCAAUUGAUGAGAUACAUGCGCGAAAUAUUCUAUGCUCAGCCACUUCGUCGAUUUGUGCAGGGGUUCUGUUUGCACCAAAAGCACGUUGAGCUCUGGGUUGUCGAUCGAGCAGGUGCAUACAGCUCGACAGAGAUUGAAGUGAUCAAAAGUCAGGAAGCGCUUGUCCGGGCGCUAUCUUCUUACAUGCUCAUGAGUGACGAUGAGCUUGGGCUAGAUCCAAUAAUUAGAUAUGAUGAAGAAGAUCGUUGUUUCGUCAAGAUUCCAAAGGGUAGAAAGAAACAAAGAACAAAUGAGAUCUCACCUCAGCCAGUACGUCGAUCGGAGGCGAUAAGCUCGCGAGGAAACACGUGCUUCAAGACGAGAGAUAACAAGUAUUUGAUCAAGUUUUCUUGGGGCUCUGGUGCCAAACGAAGUGAGCUCGAAUACCUGGAGCUUGCAAAAAAGCUACCGGGAGUCAUCCAUCUGAAGAGGUCAAAAAGUCUCUACGAGGUUGAGACCCACCUAAAGGGCAUAGAUUUUUCGACUGGAUAUAAGUGGGAAAUGAACUCAGAGGAAGCACAUCUCUUCCAUGGCAAAACAAUGGAUCCAAAGGUGGAAGAUUACUACAUGAAACGUGAACUUACCUUUGCCAAACUCUCACCAUUCGGACGCCCACUCAACUCAUGCUCAACGGUGAGGGAGUUUGGCGUGACAAAAGAGCUACUUAUUGAUCUGGACAUGUCAACUCUCCUCCAGGAUAGUCGGGACAAUGAUGAAGCGAAAGUCAUCACUGGUACCACAAAGUUAGUGGUUCUGGGACUCUUGGCAGGUAUCAAGAACAAGGAUUUUAGUGUUCAACAUACGUAUCGUCAUGAUCUUGAGUCCUUUUUUUACGUUCUACUGGUCGGAUGCAUGAGCUAUUUCGAGUGUCUUAAGGAUCUGGCACGUACGAUACGUAAAAUCCUAUUUGGACAGCCAACAUUGUCGGGAGAGAGGUUCAUGGAAUAUGGCACACCGGAAAACUCUGAUCUACUGUAUGAUCCUAUUAUAGCCGCCCUUAACGAUUCCAUUCUGAAACUUGAAGGUAAGAAAUAUUCUAGAUUCACGCCGAACGAUUGUCCACUAUUUAUCUAUAGUCGCUGA